AUGGGACAACACUCAGGAGAGGAGAAAGUGGCGGCUCACAAAAGUUUCCUGGAGGCUCUGAGCAGAAAGGCCCCAGACUUCACCAUCCCGCUGCGCUCUCACACCGUCUGGGAGGGCAUGAAGGCCGUGUUCACCUGCACCGUAGUGGGCUGUCCUGCUCCAAAGAUCACAUGGUUUAAGGAUGGCGUUCCUCUGAGAUGUCCUCAUCACGCCUGGAACUACACCCCCAAGAAAACAUAUGGAAUCUGCACUCUGGAAAUAAGAAGGUGCUCUCCGGCUGAUUCUGGCAAGUACAGAGUGGAAGCCAAGAGCGCCCUGGGCCACGCUACAACUUUUGCAACUCUUGUGGUCAACUCGCAUCUCGGAGCUGCGUCUGGGUCGGAGCGUUCGGCAGCCCUGGCUCCGGAGGCCCAGCUGGAACGUGCUUUUCCUGCGACCUGGGUGACGGAGGGAGAGCGUCUGACCCUGCAGUGCUCGUUCUCCUGCCCCCUGCUGGCCUUCCAACAGAACGUCACCUGGUUCAGAGACGGGGUGCAGUUGGAGCCAUCUAAAACUCUGGACACAAAGACGGGCAGCGAAGGGGCCACGCUGACCCUGGAGCCGGUGCACAAGGAGCACGAAGGGUUCUACACAGUUCAGCUCAAGACCCGGACUGGGACCAAAGAACACACUGCUUUUGUCUACGUCAAAGAUGCAGCUGCUGUGGUGCCGGAGGGUCCAGCCUCCCCUCUCUCUGUUCAAGUGUCUGAUGUCAAUAAGGAUUAUGUCUUUCUUACCUGGCAACCGCCCAGUGCUGACGGAGGAUCACCGGUGGAGGGCUACUACGUGGAGAGAAAGGAGCUCGGUGAGGAACAGUGGGCUCGCUGUAACGUGCGCCCCCAGAAAGCCUGCCACUUUCCUGUCUAUGGCCUGAAACCUGGCGCUCGCUACCAGUUCAGAGUCUGCGCCGUGAACCGGGCCGGAGCCGGACGUCCCUCCAAACCCACGGCGCCCGUCCUCACCGCAGACCCCCAGGAAGCCGCCAGGACAAUGGAGGUGAGCGUUGACGGAGGCAGGACCAUCACCCUCACCAAAGAUGAGCUUGAAGGUGAGGUGAAAGUUCCUCUUCCCCCGACUGAAGUGUGCGCCUGUGAAGUGACUGACACGUUUCUGGUGCUGAGCUGGAGAGAACCGGAGCCCAGAGGGAGAGAGGCCCUCACCUACAGAGUGGAGAGGAAACAAGCGGCCAUCUUCAUAAUUCAGAAACUGCCAAAGGAAGUAGGGCUGUGGGUGGCUCUCACUACGGUCAUGUGCUGGGUGCUCUCAAUACUUCCUUCUGGUGUGCUCUCACGACUGUCUGGGUGCUCGCACGACGGUCCUGUGUUGCGCUCCACUACUGCCCCUGUCUGUGUGGGACUCUCACUACGGUCCGUCUGGUGCGCAUCACUAACCAAGCACUACGUCCUGUCUGGUGGGCGCCGUCUCUACUGUCCCCGGUCUGCUCCGAGCUCUCACUACUGUCGUGGGCUGCUCACCUACUGGGCGGUGGUGGGGGGCUCCUCACAUACUUGUCCUGGGGGGGCUCUCACUGAACUGUCCGGGUCUGUGUGGCUUCUCACUACUGUCCCCCUUUCUGUGGCUCUCACUACUGUCUGGUGUGCUCUCACGACGAAGGUCCUGGUCACGGUGGUCUCUCACUUCGUCCGUGUGUGCUCGCACUUACUGCCGUGUGUGCUCUCACUACGUCCCUGUGGGGGGGCUCUCACUACUGACCCGGUCUGGGUGCUCUCACUACGUCCCUUCCGGGGUGCGCUCACCACUGGCCUGGCCGGUUGGUGCUCUCACGACUGGCCGGUUGCUCCGCACGACGGUCCGGGCCUGGUGUGCUCUCACUUACUGUCCCCUGUGCCUGGUUUGCGCUCACUACGUCGGGUGCGCCGCACGACUGUCCUUCGGGUGCUCUCACUACUGUCUGGGCCUGUUUGCGCUCACUACUGUCCCUGUCUGUGGUACUCUCACUACGGUCCUGUCUGGUGGCUCGCACGACGGUGCCCUUGGCCUGGUGUGUGCGCUCACUGA